ACUGCUGAGCAAGAAGUUGGUGUUUAUUUACAGAGUAAGAAACAAUAACUCCACGUGUAUUCUAAUAAUAACAAUUUUACAAACGGAUAUGAUGAAAUCAAGAUCAUGACUUCAAAAUAACAAAUCAAACAUAAAAGAUGUCAUUAUCUAAAAGGAAAAGUUCUGAGGACAACAGUGAUGAGACAGAGAGGAAAAAAUUAAAGGAAUCAUCUGAAAGUUUGGAAAAUGAUGAAUCAUUUUUGCACCAGAAUGGUGUGAAUGUGGAUGGUACCCAGGAAUACAGUAUAGAGGAUUCAGAUGGUUUUGAGUUUGAUCAGGAAGAUACGCUUAAAGAAGGGACCAAGAAUGAAAAUCCAAAUGGAGAGGUUGAUGGUGAAACAAUAGCUAAGCUACAAAGAGUAGAAACAGAGGAAUAUACACCAGAUAUUGUGAGUGAUAUAAAAGAAGAAGAAGAAAAGCCAGCAGUUACCAAGACAUCUUUAGAUAAGAUUGUAUCUGUUCAAAAAGAUGCAGAGCUUAUAAGUGGUAUAAUACAAGGUACUGAUGUGGAGAAAAUUUAUGAACACAUUUUGAGAAACAGGAAAGCUAAAAAUAGGGUAGAUGUUGUAACAAACGAAAUUCUUGAAAAAAGUGAAAACAUCAAUGCAUCAGCCAGCAGUGUUGUUUCUGAUAGCUCAGAUGAUGAAGGAAUAUUUAGAGAAGUUGCGGAAGUUCUUGUUGUAAGACCAAAUGCAGACCCUAAUAAUGUGUUUGACCUUUUAGAGCAGUUAAACGAUAGUGAAAAUAGGGUGGAAAAAGUUUUAGCCAAGUUAACACCUGCGGAUGAUCUUCCAUCAAGAAGUGCAUCUGAAAUAUCUUCAGAUAAAUCAGAUACAUCUUCUGUUUUAGAAAACUCAGACACUGUAAAAGGAAAUGAUCCUUUCAAUGAUCCUGCAUUCAGGAACAAUCCAUUAUAUAAAGAUUUGAAAACUUUACGCAAGGUGUUACGAGAUAAAGAUCCAAAUGAAAUAUAUGCUUUCUUGGAAGCACAUUAUGACAAACCAAACAGAGUUCAGAUAGUUAUUGAUGAACUUGCCAAGUCUGAUAGUCAGGAAUCCCUACCAUUGCCCACAGCUUCUUCUUUUGAUGAUCUUGACAGAGGUAAAGCGCCACUCACAGCAGUAGAUAAAUUUCAGGCAGAUUUAAAAGAAUUGAAAGAAAUAUUCAGGGAUUGCGAUCCUAAUUUUUUAUAUCAGAAAUUGGAAUCAAUGUCGGAAGACAAAGACAGAGUCCAACAUAUUGCUGCUGAUCUCUUUGAACACAAAAAUUAUCCUAAAUUAAAAGAUAUUCAGGAAAAAGAAAAGAAAGAAGAGUUAAAAAAUAAAAUAACUAAAAUGGAAUUUGAUAUGAAAACAUUCCUGAAAAAGUUCCCAACACCAGUGGAAUAUUUUAAUGACACAUCUCGAAUUUUGAGCCAAAAUUACAAGGACCACUCAUUGAUUUAUAUGAAGAAUACAUACCCUUUUUUGAAAGUUGGUUACAUAAAGAAGGUGUUAGAAGAACAGAAUUAUCGCCUUACCCCAACUGUGAAGCUUGUGGAUCAAGAAUUGCAGAUUAUAAUGGGAAGACCAUCUAAAAAGAAGCGUGCAACGCCAAGAGAUGAGCAACUUGAAUACCCUGAAAAUCCAGAUGAACCUUUCUUCCAAGAAGUGAUGUUCUGUCGACAUAGGCAACAGAUCAAAGAGUAUGUUAAUGAACAGACACGUUUGAGGAAUUUGAAAGUUGAUACAGCUAGGAAACGUGGAGAAUUACUGGAGUGUGGAUGUUGCUUUGAUGAUGAGUGUUUGUUUGAAGAAAUGGCAGCUUGUGCUGAUGGUCACAUUUUCUGUAAAGAGUGUAUAAGGAGGUCAAGUGAGGCAGCAGUGGGCGAAGGAAAGACAAAAUUUCAAUGUCUCACAGGUACAUGUGAGUUAGAGUUCCCAUUGACAGUGUUACAGGAGCUCCUUCCAGCCACCACUUUCUCUCUGGCUCUACGUAAGAUGCAAGAGGAAGAACUCCGUCUGGCAGAUAUUCCUGACCUAGUUAGCUGCCCUUUCUGUUCCUUUGCAACUAUCAUUCCUAAUGAGGAAGACAAGGUUUUCAAAUGCCUGAAUCCAGAGUGUUUGAAAGAAUCAUGCAGACUGUGUAAGGAGCCUAAUCAUAUUCCACUUAGAUGUAAUGAGGUGGAAAAACAAGGAGCCACCAAUAUGAGAACAUACAUAGAAACAAAAGUUUCAGAGGCCAUGCUACGGAUCUGUCCAAGGUGUAAAAAAAGGUUCUACAAACUGGCUGGUUGUAACAAAAUGACUUGUACAUGUGGAACUACAAUGUGUUAUGUCUGCAGGAAACCAAAUAUUGAUUAUGAACACUUUGAUAGUGGCAGUUGCUCUAUAGAUUCUGAUGUUAAUGCUCUGCAUGACCACGAGAUGACAGAAGCAGCCAAUAAGGCAAAAGAGGAAUAUUUACGAGACCAUCCUGAUCAGGACCCAGACCUUGAUACAGACGCAUUGAUCAAUAAAUUAAAAGGAGCAUGGGAAGGUGAGAGAGAGGAUGGAUAUGGAGAUGAAGAAGAUGAUUAUGAUGAUGAGUGGUAACAGUUGUGUGAGAUAAUUUGGAUAUUUAUUUCUAUAAAAACAUAGAAAAUGUUCGAACAAUCAGCAACAGUGUUGUAAUAUACCUGUGGGACUUAACAUUUGUGUUGUGUCUGUGAUAAUAUCUGUGACUGUUCUUUCGUUCAGCGGACUCAGGUAGGAUCUUACCAACAUUAAUGGAAUAUGAUGGAUAAAUUAUAUGGUGCAGCAUCUCUCAAGUAAACACAGCUGGGAAGGCAAAAUUGUAUUUGUUGUACACACUUUGUUGUUCUGUAAAGUUUGAAUAACUUAGAAUCUUAUACAAUAAGAAACAAACAGUCCUCCUUCAUGGAGCAGUGUUUGCUGUUUUGAGGUGUCAUUGACAGCAGUUAUAUUUUCUGAGCAUGUUGUUAUCUAAUAAGGUAACAUGAUAUGAGCGGAUGCGCAGGCUGGUCUAGAUCCAUGCUGGUCGCAAAGCCAUUAUGUUGGUUUUCUCAUGGCGCGGCUCAUAUUAUAUAAGUUAGUUAUUAUUCUGUAAAUCCACAAAGUUACAAAGUGAUAUUGAAGGAAAUAAGUCAGUGUGGAAAAAAAAAUGAAGAGAAAAAGGAAUAGUAAAUAUGAGGAAUGAAUUGUGGGCUUGGUAAAAAUAGGUUGGAUUGUUUGAAGUAUGUGCGAAGGCUGAGUGCUUUUAACCUCCACACAUUUUAAACAGUCCAUGUGAUUUAUAUUCUGAUGUUAACUACAUAACCACAAUUUAUUCCUUAACUGAAAGUACAUAUCACUUUGUAAGAUAUCUUGAUGUUUCAUUACAUACAUAGACACAAUUAAAACUUUUGUAGAUUAAUGUGUCUGACAGUGCUGUCUUUCAAGUGACCUUUUAUCAUAUAUUUUCAGGAUUUAAACAUCAUUAUCAUUCAGUGUGUUUUCAUCCAUCAUAUUCCAUCACUGUUGCAGCUAUUUCUUUACUUGAUUUUAAUGCAAUUUGCAUGUUUUGUUCUUGUUUCAUGAAAUCACAUUGUUAACUAACACUGUUGUUAAUAAUUGUUAAUUGUAAGGAAUGAUUGUCUUUAAGUUUUAAUGCAACAUUAUAAAUAUAUUGGUUCUUUUAAGUGUUUUACUGCCAUGAACUUUAUUAUUAUCAGAGUGCAGAUUAAUUUUGUUUGAAUAAGAUACUAAUGAAAUAAUUAUGUUUAUACAUCUUUUUAGCUCACCUGUCACAAAGUGACAAGGUGAGCUUUUGUGAUCGCGUGGCGUCCGUCGUCAGUGCGUGCGUGCGUGCGUAAACUUUUGCUUGUGACCACUCUAGAGGUCACAUUUUUCACGGGAUCUUUAUGAAAGUUGGUCUGAAUAUUCAUCUUGAUGAUAUUUAGGUCAAGUUCGAAACUGGGUCACGUGCAAUCAAAAACUAGGUCAGUAGAUCUAAAAAUAGAAAAACCUUGUGACCUCUCUAGAGGCCAUAUUUUUCAUGAGAUCUUCAUGAAAAUUUGUCAGAAUGUUCACCUUGAUGAUAUCUAGGUCAAGUUCGAAACUGGAUCACGUGGGGUCAAAAACUAGGUCAGUAGGUCUAAAAAUAGAAAAACCUUGUGACCUCUCUAGAGGCCAUAUUUCUCAAUGGAUCUUCAUGAAAAUUGGUCCGAACGUUCACCUUGAUGAUAUCUAGGUCAAGUUCGAAACUGGGUCACGUGGGGUCAAAAACUAGGUCAGUAGAUCUAAAAAUAGAAAAACCUUGUGACCUCUCUAGGGGCCAUAUUUUUCAUACGAUCUUCAUGAAAAUUGAUCAGAAUGUUCAACUUGAUGAUAUCUAGGUCAGGUUUGAAACUUGGUCACGUGGGGUCAAAAACUAGGUCAGUAGGUCUAAAAAUAGAAAAACCUUGUGACCUCUCUAGAGGCCAUAUUUCUCAAUGGAUCUUCAUGAAAAUUAGUCAGAAUGUUCACCUUGAUGAUAUCUAGGUCAAGUUCGAAACUGGGUCACGUGGGGUCAAAAACUAGGUCAGUAGAUCUAAAAAUAGAAAAACCUUGUGACCUCUCUAGAGGCCAUAUUUUUCAUGAGAUCUUCAUGAAAAUUGGUCAGAAUGUUUACCUUGAUGAUAUCUAGGUCAAGUUCGAAACUGGGUCACGUGGGGUCAAAAACUAGGUCAGUAGGUCUAAAAAUAGAAAAACCUUGUGACCUCUCUAGAGGCCAUAUUUCUCAAUAGAUCUUCAUGAAAAUUGGUCAGAAUGUUAACCUUGAUGGUAUCUAGGUCAAGUUUGAAACUGGGUCACGUGCGGUCAAAAACUAGGUCAGUAGGUCUGAAAAUAGAAAAACUUUGUGACCUCUCUAGAGGCCAUAUUUUUCAUAGGAUCUUUAUGAAAAUUGGUCAGAAUGUUCACCUUGAUGAUAUCUAGGUCAGGUUCGAAACUUGGUCACGUGCGGUCAAUAACUAGGUCAGUAGAUCUAAAAAUAGAAAAACCUUGUGACCUCUCUAGAGGCCAUAUUUUUCAAGAGAUCUUGAUGAAGAUUGGUCAGAAUGUUCAUCUUGAUGAUAUCUAGGUCAAAUUCAAAACUGGGUCAUGUGCGGUCAAAAACUAGGUCAGUAGGUCAAAAAAUAGAAAAUUCUUGUGAUGUCUCUAGAGGCCAUAUUUCUCACUGGAUCUUCAUGAAAGUUGGUGCGAAUGUUCAGCUUGAUGAUAUCUAGGUCAGAUUCAUAACUGGGACAUGUGCGGUCAAAAACUAGGUCAGUAGGUCAAAAAAUAGAAAAACCUUGUGACCUCUCUAGAGGCCAUAUUUUUCACGAGAUCUUCAUGAAAAUUAGUGAGAAUGUUCACCUUGAUGAUAUCUAGGUCAAGUUCAAAAGAGGGUCACGUACCUUCGAAAAUUAGGUCAAUAGGUCAAAUAAUAGAAAAACCUUGUGACCUCUCUAGAGACCAUAUUUUUCAAUGGAUCUUCAUGAAAAUUGGUCAGAAGUUUUUAUCUUGAUGAUAUCUAGGUCACAUAUGCUCAAAAACUAGGUCACUUUGUCAAAUAAUAGAAAUAACGACGUCAUACUCAGUUCAACACUGGGUCAUGUGGAGUUAGGUGAGCGAUUCAGGACCAUCAUGGUCCUCUUGUUUAUCUGUAUUUUUCUUAAUGGCUAUAGGUAGUUAGAUUGUUUAAAGAAUAUACAAGUUUUAAUAGAGGAAUAUGCAAAAGUUCAAUAGGGGAUUAAGAAAUUCAACAUAUAUAUCCAGGAAAGAACAAGUGCAUACUUGUACUAGUAAAUAUGUAAUCUGCUUAUAACAUAGGCAUUAUUUUUAAAGAUGAUAUUUAAAUUUUCUUGUUUUCUUCAGAGUAAGUCUAUAAACCCCGUCUUAAGAUAGCUUUUUACAUGUUGACACACAUUAUAUGACAUCACAGGUGACAUACCGGGUAUGAAGCUAAGUUGACUUUAUAGAGGAAAGUUACAUUCACUUUAUCAUUUAUCAAAAAGAGUUUUUAAAAUACUUGUCUGGUAAAGUUCUAUAUUUCAUAGACAUCUAUAAAGGUGUUUUCUGUACUUUUGAUUUAGCAUGUGAUAUAUUUUUUUUAUAUAUAUUUUAUGCCCCCUCCCUCAGCCCUCUCUUAGAAGAAAGAGGGUAUAUUGUUUUGCAAAGUGUUUGUCAGUCCGUAGGUCUGUCUCUCAUUCCAUCUGUGGUAUACCAUUUGACUAGAGAAUGUUUGGUCUCACAAUGGUCAAACUUCAUAGGAUGAUUACUAGUACUUGUGGUCAGUAGAUGACCUCUAUUUUUGUGGGGUCAGUAGGUCAAAGUUUAAAGGUGGCAGUGACUGUGAGACUUUAAACGGUUUCGGCUGAAUAAUUAAUGUUUUGGUCUACAUUCAGGCAACUUCAUAAGAUGAAAACCUGUGGUCAGCAGAUGCCUCUGACAGGCCAUCAUGGAGGGCAUAUGUGUUUUACUAACAGCACUUGUUUUUCUGUUGAUUUUCAGCGAGAGUGGGGGAGGGGAAAUAAUACCAUGACAGUGAAAUAAUUGUUUUACCCAUGUUUAAUUGUAAAAUGGUAAGAAUAUAUUUGAUUGCCUAUUUAUUGGGAAAUUUUUGCUAUAUUACAAGAAUCAUUUAUGAUGAAAUGUCUUUCUGGUAAGCCUUUCUAAAUUCCUGUUUUCAUUUUUCUUUUUUUCACUUCUUCAAGAUACCUUGAAAUCUUUAUAUCAGUGGUAGGCUUCAAAAUUGAAUCUCAGUGAAUUAGUAUAGCUCCAGUUAAUUGGUCUGAAAUGUUAAUAAGUUCAUAUCUUUUUUGCUGUUUUGCCAAAACCAUGUAAUUUUAUGUCAAAGAAAUUAAGUGAGUUCACACUAUUGACAUGAUUUUUACUAAAACAGAUAGAAAGGGAAAAAAUAGAUCAAACUGCUCACAUUAGUUAAGUGUUAAAGAAUACUCGUUCAAAACUGAAUGCAUCAUGUUUGGCGCAAUGUCAUAUUUUUGAUGUUACGUUAGUAUGAUAACAUGUUUCAAAUACAGAAGAUGUUAGCCUAAUAAACUUUGUCAGUACAAUGCAAAGAAAAAUGUUAUUUUGAAGUUCCAGAAGAAAAAGUUAGGAUGUGAUAAAAAGAAUCUUACAUCAUUCUGUAUCUUUCCAGAUUCAAUUUAUAAAAUGAUAAAAUGCUCCAAAUGGGCAGCACAGAGCAUUUUAUUAUUUUGUAGGAUCCUGCAUUGAUUAUGAAAUUGGGAAUUUAGAAGGCAUGUUCAUAAUUUUACAAGAAGAGUUUUUUACUUGAAUGGUUGAAACAUGAUAGUUUGAUGUGGAUGAGUUUUAUUUAAGAAAAAAAAUAGACUUAGUGGAAUGUGAUAUGUGAAUCAAUACAAUUACACUUUUAAAAUUUA